CCUCAACGAUCGUCUUUCCAUGUUACAAAAGAAGAUGGAAGCUGUGGGCAGAAAUGGUGAGGGUGCCGUGUUGCCACCACCUUCCCACCAGCAAAAGGUGUUUGCAUUGAGACAGGGAAUAUGGAACAUAUUGUGCAAAUGGAAUGCCCUGCAGAUGGCAGUGGAGAACAAAUGGGGAGGCACUGAUUCUCUUGACAAAUCCCACCUACUCGCUUAUGAUAUCGAAUCUUGGUUUUCAAUAUCCAAAGCACCACUAUCGGUUGAAGAUUUAGAUGGUUUGUUACAUGAGAGCUUGUUACUGACUUUCAACACAGAGAUUGAAGAUGGAAGCAUUGAAGAGGUUGCAGAACAGUUAAUUGUUCUGCACGAGGAGUUGCAAGGGAAUCACUAGCGAUAUUAACACUAAUAUUGUGCUCCUGAUUCCAGAUAUCAGUCUCUCCCUCAAAGUCCAGGGCAUCAAAGGUAUUAUAAUUGGCCAGAAUAUUACAUGUAAUGUUUAUCAUUUUAUACAUCUUGUCGCUGGCUUUAUCUUUUUGUAAGCAACCUUAUCUGGAAUAGGAUCUCAGUCGUGUAUAUUCUAAAAUGUUAUUCUUAAGGUUUUUCUUCCCAAAUGCGAGUAUAGAAGAGCAUUAAUCAUCAAGAUUUCCUGAAAAGGUUUACUGAUAAAUGCAAGUAUAGAAGAACAUUGAAUAUAGAUUUUAAGUGUCAUUUUGAUUGUUUGCUUGAAGGAUAAUAUAUCUUAAUAUUUGCAACAGCCUUAGGAUCCCUUUUGGUCCAGGUCUCCAUAUAAAACUUCUUUUAUCUAAAGGCAUAUGUAUAUAAUAUCAACUUGCUAUUCAUCAUUUUUACUUAUGCCAAGUACUAAUUUGAAUCCGUUAUGAACUUGUGUGCGCGUGUGUAAACUUUUAAUACACCAUAUAUUCCAUGAUAUUUCUUAUAACUGUAAAGUGAAGCCUAUGUUUGUGUACAAGGAUUAUAAUCCUGGGGUUGCAUAGCUAUUUGCUUGCAUUUUAUUAAAAAUUUCAUCCUUAACUUAUCCCAUUAACCAAAUUUUAGCUCAUUUCAUGUGAAAAAAUAAUUCAAUAAAUUUAAAAUUUUUAAGAACAAAGUCCUUAUAUAAACCAAUAAAUGAUGAAAAGAAAGUCCAUGAAAUUAUUUUAAGGUUUAGAUAUGGUUAUAUUCAGAACCAAGUUCUGACUAAUCCCAGGAGAAUAAUUCUCUAUUAAAGAUUUUACAGAAGAGAAGCUUUUUUUAACAUUGUUACAGUUGGACGUUGAGAAAGAAGAUCAGGUUAUCUGUGAAACAUUUUUUGGUCAGGAUCCUUUAUGUGAUGACAGCAGUGAGACAAAACUGUUUGUAUUAGUGUAUAUAAUCAAAACGCAUCUGACAGGUAUUAGAGGUUUCUCGUAAAAUCACUCCUAGUAAACCAAGAUAUCAGUUAUAGGGUGCCUCUGGCAUUGCUGUAUAGCCUGAGUUUGUGUUGUGCAAUUUUUCUUAUAAAUGUUUAUUUUUAGAAGCCUGCAUAAAAGAUUUAAACAAGGCAUGUAUGUGGUGCUACCAAGUCCAAAUUCUGUAUUAAUUUAAGGGAAGCACAAAAUGCACAACUCGAUGCCUUAUCGGCUGGUCUGCUGGCUGAAGAAGACAAGUUAGGAGCUAUAUGCUUUGAUGAAGUAUUCUGCUGGCUGUUUCUUGUGGAGACAAAGGUAGUAUAAGUUUUGGUUCACUUCCAUGCCUAUCAUAUUUGUUCUGUAGUGUUCUCUUUUUCGAUGUAAUAUUGAUCUUGGCGAAUCCAGGUUGCGUUUCUGCAAUCAUACAUUUAUUGAUUCAGGGGAGUAUUAUUGCAAAACUUAGCAGAGGAAGUAUGUUACAUGGAGCCUUAACAA